CCACAAUUACUUACUCUAACAUUGAUGAAUUUGUGUAUAACUCUUUAAUUUCCUUGAAAAAUACUAAUAAUUUUUAUGAAAAUGAUAAUGUCAAAUUGGUAAUUAGUUUUGAUAUCGAGUUGUUCUCUUUUAUUACUACAAUAUUAGAUGAGGAUAAAGAAAAUUUUAAUAAUAAUAAAAAACUUUAUUUUGAAGUUGCUCAUUAUCCUAUAAUUGCUAUAUAUGAAGGUGAAUUUGUAAAUCCUUUUUGUUUUCAUAAUCCUAAAGUUUUAGAAAUCUCAACGAUUAGAGUAUCAAUUAUUGAAUAUGAAGACAAUUAUGUAAUAGAGGAUAAUAAUGCCAAUAAAGAUGAUAAAUAUGCAAUAGAAGUUGAUAAGGAACAAGAAAUUUAUAAUCGAA